AUGGAGACUUUUGACUAUACUGAGUCCAAUGAAACGCGUUCCUUCGACAGAGAAAACAGUGAAACCGGUACCGAAAGUAAUAGGAGAUGGUCGCAAAAAACGAUGGUCGAUUUUAUGCUACCGGGCGACGACUCACAUGAUGACGUAGAUGCAUACCCAUUGAAAAAUAUGAGCAACAAAGUUCCUUCGACUAAAAAAGAAGAUUUUGACUAUAAUGAUGAUUCACUGGUGAAUGGCAAAAUUCCGGCAUACAAAGAAACGUUAUUUCUCAAUAUUACUAAUGGCAUAAAAAAAGCUUUACACACUGCUCUUUCUCAUAAUUAUUUCGGGAAAACCACGUCCUCUCACAGUAACGAGAGUAAAAAGAAUAUUACAACGUCAAAACACAAUUACAGCAAGUACAAAAGAAAUUCCUUGAAGAGUAAAAAAUUCCGAAAAGUCACUUCUUUUGGAAGCAUGAUGUCGUCUGAUAUUCCAUUAUCAGGUUUAACUAACUCGUCGGAUAAAAAGAAAGAAUUGGAAGGUGAUAAAUAUGCUGUGAGAAAGAGCUCGUUCGAAGAAGACAGCGAAGAUGAUUCUACGCUCAUAGAUUUGGAUGAGUAUAUGGUGAGCAGUGAGGAGGAGAAUGAGGAGUGCUUUGUGAUGGAUUCACAUAAAGAAAUAGUUAAACUACUUGACCUCAAGAGUUUUGUGGAUGAUCAUAAAAUAUCGGAUGAUAAGCUGGAGAAUGUUAAAUGUGAGUGCUGA